GUCAAAUGUAAUGUUUUCUGCCACAGGGAGACAAACGAUGUGUUUUGCUACGAAGCUGUAGAGCUGUGGAGAGGUUUUCUCCUUGAACCGUUCUACGAACAACUACAGUAGGAAAUCUCCACUGAUUUAACCGCUUUUUGACGCUACACAAUGGACAACGUCGCAGUUUCAAGACGAAACCACACUAAUAAGAAAGGAAACAAGGAGAAUACUCAGCCUGCACAUGGAAGCAAGUCCUUAAUCAAAAGAGACAAAACGGCUGUUGCUCCAUUCCACCUGAAAAGCAACGAAAAAGAGGAGACCUUGGCAAAAAAUGGUCCUCUUAAAGCCAAGGCCAAGCAGGCAGACAUGAGAUCAACAUCUGGUGAGGCUCUAAAAAAGGCAAAGUCAGGUCAGAAAGAUGGAAAAAGAGCUGCUCCCUCUGAUGUCACACAACGACAAACAUACAGCCAGGCCUUCGUCACAGAACAGGCAGUGAGACACAAAAAAAUUGUCGCAGAAGCAACAAAACCACCAGCUACUGUGCAGUCAUCCAGAUCUGCUCCUGGCAUGUACAAAGGCAAGAUUGUCCAGUCAAAAAUUGGAUCCAUUUGGAAGUCAAGUGUCAGCGUGGACAGAGCAGAUCCCAAACCAUCAGCACUCAAAACAGAGAGGCAAAGGGUUGGAAAUACAACAAAAACCAGAUCCAAAUCUGUUGCUGACCUGCCUGGACAUGGCACACAAAAACCUGCACCAACAAGGUCCAAGUCAGCGGUAGAUCGACCCGCUCAGGUGUCCAAGCCCACUGUCACCAGCCGCCCUCCUGCUGGGUUCACCUCUGCUCGCCCUCCUGCCAGAACUGUCCCAGCAACACUAUCCAGUACCAGCUGCAGAAACACUACUGUGGCUCCCUCCAAGGGAAGUGGGAUUCAGGUCUCAAAGCCAAAGAUUUCAGCGACAGACAAGAAGGUCAACAAGCCUCCUGUCUCAAGCACCCUCAGCCAGUACAGAUUUACCAUGGAGACUGCUGAGGAAAGAAGAGCAAAGCUGGCUGAGUGGCUGGCUUCCAAGGGCAAGACUUUCAAGAGACCAGCCAUGACUACAGCAGCACCCCCAAAAACCAACACCUCCAAACCUGGAACAGGUCCCAAAUCCCAGUCUCAUGUUGAGCCUCAGCCUGCUGCACAGUGCAAACCUCAACCUGAACCCAGUCUGGAAGUGCAUCAGCCACACUCUCCUGCUGCUAACUGUGCUAAUACACAGGGAGCAGAAUUAACAACAUACAACAAAACUCCAGUGAUCAUGAACACGUCCCUGGAGCUGCUUGAAAACUCUGAUGUAGAUCUGCUUGACCCACAGGACAGCGUGGAUGAUAUUGUUGUGAACCUGUGUGAUGCUUUGGAGGCCAUGGCAACGCCCUCUAGAUGCAGCGAUGAAAUCUCACAGGCGUCAGAUGAGUGUAAUGAUGUUGACAACAAACCGAAGGAUGAAUGUAAAAAAGAGGAAGUGAAGGGCGAAACUCCGCAAGAUGUUAGUGAGCAGCUGAAGGUUGAGCCAGUGAAGAAUGAAGCUGAAGAAAGUGGUGAACACAAAGUGGAGACAGAUGACGAAGAGGAGGUAGAAAGCGAUGAGGAUGAUGAUGAUUGUGUGAUGGAGACCACGCCACAGAUGGAGGAUGCCUCAGUAGUAAAAUACAGUGUGAAGACGACUCCAUACCUGCAGAGUGUCAAGAAGACAAUUGAAGGUGAGGUCAGUGUAAGUACAUCCAGGAGAAAGAGCAACAUCAAAGAUCUGAAGUUUCUGACACCAGUGCGUCGUUCCUGCCGCAUCCAACGCAAAAGCUCCCACCUGCCGGCGAUGCUGGUCGAUCAUGAUACCUGUGUGUCGUCUCUGGCUGAGCUGGUGAAGCUGGAUGACGACCCCAACGCCUACAUCUACAGAAAAAACCCUGCACUUCUGGAAGAUCUGCCAGACCAGCCCAGACUGUGAGGAGCUCUGUAUAUUGGUGGUGUUUUUUUUUUUUUUUGUUUUGUUUUUUUUAAAGCCCUUCAGAAAUAUAUGGGUUAGGGUGUAAUGGACACUUUAUAUUAAGCUGGUUUUACUAAUUUGCAUUUCUUCAAAGAGUUUUAACUGUCAUUUAAAUCUCUUUAUUGUAUUGUGAGGAGAACAUGUAAUUAAUAUCUAGUUAUUUUCUGUUCUGAAUGUAUAAUGGAAACACUGUUUAUUUUAAUGUAAAAUUGACAUGUAUUGCCAAAUGCACUACAAUAAAAGAGUAUUGCCUUGUCUUA